AUGGCGGUGGCUCUGGAAGAAGUGUGGGGUCGAGUGAAGAAUGUCUGUAAGCAGAACGGAUUGCUCAUCCUGUCUGUGCUGGCCGUGGUCAUUGGCUGUCUGCUGGGCUUCUUCCUCAGAGGCAAGCAGCUCUCCGAGCAGGAGGUGAAGUACUUCCAGUUUCCUGGAGAGCUGCUGAUGAGGAUGCUGAAGAUGCUGAUUUUGCCACUUGUCGUAUCCAGUCUGAUGUCUGGUCUGGCAGCCCUGGAUGCCAAAUGCUCAAGUCGACUGGGCAUCAUGACCAUUUCUUACUAUCUGUGGACCACCUUUGUUGCGGUGGUUGUGGGCAUCCUUAUGGUGUACAUCAUCCACCCAGGUGGAGCUGCCCAGAAGGAGGACUCCGAGGAGAGCAAGAAACCAAUGACCAGCUCUGCUGACGCACUUCUGGACCUCAUUCGCAACAUGUUUCCAGCUAACUUGGUUCAAGCUACAUUUCAACAGUAUCGAACGCAGAGAGUCGCAGAACUUAUUCCCAAACCAACCGUGGCGCAGCUCCUGGAUGAAACCACAACACGCAGGGUCUACAUCUACGGCAUCCAGGAUGACAACGGCACAGACGUGCAGAACUUCUCCUUGGAUCUGACGCCGCCUCCUGACGUCAUCGUGAAAACGUCACCUGGUACCAGUGAAGGCAUGAACGUGCUGGGGAUUGUUAUUUUCUCUGCAACUAUGGGGAUAAUGCUGGGAAGAAUGGGACCGAAUGGCAGUGCUUUGGUGAACUUCUGCCAGAGUUUAAACGAAGCAGUCUUGAAGAUUGUUGCCAUUGUCAUUUGGUAUUUUCCCUUUGGUAUUGUGUUCCUGGUUGCUGGGAAGAUCUUAGAAAUGGAUGACCCUUCAGCCAUGGGGAAGAAGUUGGGUUUUUAUGCCAUCACUGUGGUAAUGGGCUUAGUGCUGCAUGGUCUAUUCAUCCUCCCAGCUAUGUACUUCUUCAUAACUAAGAAGAGUCCCAUAGUUUACAUCAGAGGCAUCCUGCAGGCGCUGCUCAUCUCCCUGGCCACCUCAUCCAGUUCUGCUACUCUGCCUAUCACCUUUAAGUGCCUCCUUGAGAACAACCACAUCGACAGACGGAUCAUCCGCUUUGUGCUGCCGGUUGGCGCCACCAUCAACAUGGACGGUACAGCUCUCUAUGAGGCAGUGGCAGCCAUCUUUAUUGCCCAAGUGAAUAAUUAUGAACUUGACUUUGGGCAAAUUAUCACCAUCAGCAUCACUGCUACGGCAGCCAGCAUCGGUGCUGCUGGAAUUCCACAGGCUGGACUUGUUACCAUGGUGAUUGUGCUAACUUCUGUGGGGCUGCCGACUGAUGACAUCACUCUCAUCAUUGCUGUUGAUUGGGCCUUGGAUCGGUUCAGGACCAUGGUCAAUGUGAUGGGCGACGCUCUGGCCACGGGAAUCAUGGCUCACAUCUGCAGAAAAGAUUUUGUUAAAGAAGGAGAGCAGGUGCCUCUGAUAUGUGAAACCAAACCCAUGAUAAGCAUCCAGCAGAUGAUGACGUACCAGAACCAGAAGAACGGCUGCUACCAGCCUCCACCGGGCAGCAAGCAGGACCACGUUUCCCCAGAUGUGGCUCGCCUGAUCCAGCUAGAAGAGGGGAUUCGGCCGGUAGAGAAGAAGAAGCACGCUCACGGCGUCCAUCACAAGAGAGAGCACAGGGACAAGGACCACUGUUCUGUUGACAUGAAUGGGCUGGAGACAAAUGUAUAGAAGUAUUUGCCCGAGUAAUUGUUACUGAUACACCCAAAGCUGCAGAACCGGGAGGAGAGGAAAAUGCAUCAAAGAGCCAAGGUGACUGCUUUCAGUUCACAUGCUUUUCUCCCCCAAGAAGGACAGCGGCUCACCAUGGAUGUAUGCAGAGAGAGAGAGAGAGAGAGAGAGAAAGACAACUAUCUUUUUUCUACAUUAUCUAUGUGAUGACCCACUUUUGAUUGUUUCUGUUUGUGUGUACAUAUUUAUCAGAGAUGUAUUAUUUGGUAGCAGCAGCGACAGCCUGCUGCUGUGACUGACAUUUAAAACCAAGAAUGGAUCCUGUGCAAGAUUUACUAACAUCAGAUCUUUGAGACACCACAUUUCAAAGGAAGAGAGCUGGUGAAUACAGUCGCUUAUAUCAAUCAUAAAAGAUAGAUCAAAUUGAAAAGAUGGAACUCAGUUUACUGAUGUGCAAAAAUUGUGUCUGAAGAUAUUUUGUUUGGCAAUUAGACUCCAAUGCUUCAUGUGGGUGGAGGGAUGGCAUGAACAAGGGAAGAGGAUAGGACUGGACAACCUGUUGAGCCUCUGUGAGUGUUUUGGAUGAGCAGAGACAGGAGGUGGCAGGUACUUCUGGUAUCAAGAAAAGAUGGAGAUGGACUGUUGUGUAUCCAGAAUGAGGAGUUUUGAAGAAUGGGAAUCUGAUUAUCUUUAACAGUAGCAGACAAGAAGAGGAAUGAACCUAAAUUGUAUUUAGUGAAUUAGGAAUUAUGAACAUUUUGUGGGAAAACUGAAGUGACAAAGAGUAGCAGGAAAAACCCAAACACCUGGAAAUGGCAACAGAUGAGAAGAAAGAGAUCUUCUUUACUGAACCCAAGAAUCUACUUCACAUGAACCAAAGUACAUCUUCUGUUUAUCUUCUUAUUUAUCACGAUGUGGAAUGUUUUAGCAUAAUAUUUGCAGAGGUUUAAUGCAAUUAUUUUGUCUGUGUUCUUUAUGAUUAACAUCA